CUUCCGGGAUGUGCACCCGAAUAACUGUCCCGGUCGGCUUCUCAUCGCGCGACCAACUUCAUCGCUCCUCUCCGAUCAUUUAGCAAAUACUUUAGUUUUUGAGGUUUUUAACCUGACACCGACAUGCCUUUAAAGUUUGAACUGUGUCCCGGGAGGAUGAUUGGAGGCAACCAUCCGUGUUUUAUUAUCGCUGAAAUCGGACAAAACCACCAGGGAGACAUCGAGAUUGCCAAGAAAAUGAUCAAAAUGGCAAAGGACUGCGGUGCUGAUUGUGCCAAAUUCCAGAAAAGUGAACUGCAGUACAAAUUUAACAAACAUGCCUUAGAACGCGCCUACACGUCCAAACACUCUUGGGGGGCCACUUAUGGAGAGCACAAGCGCCACCUGGAGUUCAGCCAUGAGCAGUACAGGGAGUUGCAGAAAUAUGCAAAGGAAGUGGGAAUCUUCUUCACCGCCUCAGGAAUGGACGAGAUGGCAGUAGAGUUUCUCCAUGAGCUAAAUGUGCCUUUCUUUAAAGUGGGCUCAGGAGACACCAACAACUUCCCGUAUCUGGAGAAGACGGCAAAGAAAGGACGUCCCAUGGUGGUUUCCAGUGGGAUGCAGUCCAUGGAGACGAUGCGUCGGGUGUACAAGACGGUGAAAGAGCACAACCAGAACUUUGCCAUUUUGCAGUGUACCAGCGCUUACCCUCUUGAGUCUGAGGACGUCAACCUCAGAGUGAUCACCGAAUACAUGAAGGAAUUCCCAGAUAUUCCAAUUGGAUAUUCUGGCCACGAGUCUGGAAUCAGUAUUUCGGUGGCAGCUGUUGCUUUGGGGGCAAAAGUCAUCGAGCGCCACGUGACACUGGACAAGACGUGGAAGGGAAGUGACCAUGCGGCAUCGCUGGAGCCCUCUGAGCUGGCCGAGCUGGUUCGCUCUGUCCGAGUGGUGGAGAAGGCCCUGGGUAGUGGCGUCAAGAGGAUGCUUCCUUGUGAGAAGCCAUGCCAUGACAAGCUGGGGAAGUCUGUGGUGGCCAAGGUGAAGAUCCCCAAAGCAACUGUCCUCACUCUGGACAUGUUGGCGGUGAAGGUGGCUGUGCCAAUGGGUGUAGCUGCUGAGGACAUCUUCCAGCUGAUUGGCAAGGUUGUCACUGAAGACGUGGGAGAAGAUGAGAGUGUCACACCAGAGGUGGUGGACAGCUAUGGGAAGAAGGCCAAAUGCUGAUAGUAUGCAAGUAAAGCACUUAAAUGAUGAGGACAUUAAUCAAAUGGGAAUAAUUUGGUGGGUGAUUUGUUUUCUUGUUUAGUUUCAGUUACCAGGAACAAGAGGAGGGUAAUUGCCCUCGGAGGUGACACAAAGCCUGCUCGCUUCUGUUCCUAAAAGCAAUCAUGCACUGAUGAAAAAUAAAUCAACAACAUGAUUAUGAGUAAUUAGCAGUCAUGGUCUUAUAAGGUUGAGGGGGUCAGCUAAUUAGCCACUACAUCAGGGCUAUUCAACUGGCGGCCAAAUCCGGCCCAGAAAUGACAUACCAUUCCCCAGGUUCAGUUCAGAAAUUGGAAGACAAACAUUUUUGCAACAAAUUCCUAAAAACACAAGAGUGCUCCUGUUGUACUCUACUGGAUCUUUGUAAACACGUGGGCAGAUCCUUGCAUUGACAUUUUAAUCUUGAUAGCAAACAGAACACUUGGAAUUUACUUAACAGAGGCGCGUUCCUCAAGGCACCUCUUUAAGUCCUCUCCUUUUUGGCAGUUACAAUUUUUUUCAUAAUUCAAUUAAUGCACAGUAACUAAGGUGUUGCUGUAGCUUGUUUACUUCAGAUGCAGUCAGUAGUCAUUUGUUCAUACUAGUAGUGUUCCUCAAGGUUCCAUUUUAGGUCCUCAUUUUUUUUUCAUUUGGGCGAUUCAACUGGUGGCCCAAGAGUUCAGUUCGAAAAACCUGUGAGAGACUUGCUUUUUUGCAGAAGGUCAAUAAAAAACAACAGCGUGCUUCUGUCACUGACAAAAUAGACAAAAACUAAAUGUCUACUGCAGAGGACAUUGGAUCUCUGGAAUAUACAAAAUAAAACCGUAAAGGAAACAUGACCACCAAA